GAUCGAGGAACGAGAAAUACUUUUUGAUGAGAGUUAUUGAUCCUCCUUCUUUGCAUAACUCGCUUAGAAGUUUUUCGAGUCGGAGCUUAUCGUCACGAUGUGUUUCUCAUAAAAGAUAUCAGCGGAAGGUAGGUGAAGUAUAGAAAAUCGCUCCUUCUGGUUCUAAUAAUUGGCACAAACCUUCCUUCGUUCAUCCCCCUAGCGCCUAGUAGUAUGCACAUUGAACCACCCUCAUUCGUGCACGUCCCGCAAUUUGCCCCACAUCAGGCGCAACGCUUCGAUCAAUACUUUCCUACCCUUCAAGUCUUUGGUUUUCCCGAAAUCCCGAGGGUUGACGCUAGCAUUCAGCUUUCUAUCAAACAAAGCGGAAUUUCGAUUCUCUAAAUUUAUAUCCGACUACCGAACUCGACUGAUCUGCCUCUGGUAACGACCAACCCUUCUUUAUUCCACAGAUCCUUCGAACAUUUUUUCGAAUUGAAGAAAAACCAAGGAUUACUCGUUUCGUUUCGAGAAAGCUUCAUGAACUAUUCUGAUCAAGCAUUCAUGAUUCGGGAAAAGUCUGAGAGAGUUGGUGAAUUUCUUUCGAUUUUCGUUCUAUCGAGAAUGAAAAUUAUUCGUUAUCUGUGUCCAGUGAAAUUCUGAUCGAGUAAUAGUUUUAUUUUCACGUUGAUGAAAAUUAGAAAAUUUUUCUAAAACCCGAAAACAUUCGUCGUAACUCGAUUAUUCCAUUAGGUAUGUCAAUUCAGUUUACAGUUCGUCAUCCUUUAGCGUAACUUUUCGUACAGGGGCUCGCAGUUUAAUCAAAUUGAAAAAAAGAUUCAAUUUUCAAACUUAAAGUGCCCCGGUAUCGCCCCGCCUAAUUUCACCGCGAUAUCGAAACCUCGUAUAGUUCGAAGAUGAUCUAAACUGUUUAUCGUAAGUCCGGAUCGCUAUUUAAGUGCAAAAUUAAGGUCAAACUCGCGAUCUAGAGCGAUCGGUAUAUCAUCAACGUUUACCACCACUGCAGCGCGCGUUUCACUCCGCGAGCGAGUCGCAGUCGUUAGAAGUUUGAUAAAAAUCUCAGGAGACCUAAGCUACUGGCCACCUCAAUUCCGGUCAUUCUUAUAACACCACCCCCUACUUACAUCACUUCUGCCGCUGCCGUUACUGCAGUAGGUCAGGUCUCGGGAGAUGAAACAAUUCUGUAUAUCGUUCCUCUGGUUUCUUGGAGCAAACAACGCGAAUCGGUGUCCUCUUAUCUCGAGCGUUUAAAAAUUGCGCUCGAUUUUUAAAAGGUCCGCUCGACCCGGAGUAUUCGGAAAGAGCGUUCGAUUCUUAUUUUGUUAUUUACAUUUUGUACAGAAGAUUUUUUUCCGCUCACGCACAAGAACAACAACUUGUUUUCAAAUUUCGCGACAGGUGUACGAAUAACCAUAUCCAGAAACACCGGAACGCCAAGUGUCGCAGCUUGGAAUUUGUUAUUUGAAUACCAAAGUAGGCAGAAGUAGGGACUACCGCUGUACCCGCUAUACACUACUACCUACAAUACGACGGGUGUUUGUUUGCAAGGGUGAAAUUUUCCACGUUAGCCUCCCCACCUCCAAAAGCUGCGAGUAAAUUCAACGCGACAAAGCGAACCUGAUUCGAGACGUUUCGAAAAAAAAAAAAUGAUUUUCUCACCGCUCCCUAAUGAGAAUGAUUCGAGAUUUUCCAUGAUAUUCCCCAUGCGGUUCGCGGGAGGUAGAAUUGAAUAUUCGGUUGAACGUUCGCGAGUACGAGGGUCGUUGGAAAUCGUUUAAGUGGAUUAUCUCAUAAAAUGAGAAGGUUGAAAGGUCGAGGAGUGAAAAAAUUUCUAUGCCUACGAGUACACCUCGAAUUGAAGAUGUGAGUGGGAAAAAAGUGAGGGGAGAAAAAAAAAAAUAAAAAAAAAAAUACGUACAGAAAUCAAAAAACAGCAGCAGCAGCAGGAGCAGCUGGUAGCCAGCCAGCCAGUGGGUCGCGAACGCGAAGCUCAGGAGUGUAAACAAGAGGAGUUUCAGGGGGGGCGCAUGCGCCCGUGGGACCCCGCCCUGUCGCGAGGGGUGAAAUUCGAAGGCUUUGGACAAAAGUCAGUUCAGUACGCGAAUGCACUCGCGAUACGCGCGAGACGAUGUCGAUACACCGACGAUGAAGAAUUCUCUUCAACGAAAUCAUCAUCCCCCUGCACAGACUGCCUCUUUUCAUUGAUAAAAAAAAAACACAAAAAGCACGAAAGAACAAAAUAAAAAAAACAAACGAUUCAUUUGUACCGCAAUUUGUACCCGCAUCAUUAUCCCGGCCAGUGUAAAACCGACGUCUGCGAAGAUCGAAACGAAUUUUUGAAAUACUAACAAAGAAAAAAUAAAUCUACGAUCAAUUUUUCCAUUUUUACUUUUCAUUCGUAAAAAAUUCGGUCAGCGUAAGUUUUUGUCUCGUUUUCCAUCAUUCGUAUUAUUUCGCACGCACGGAAAAGAUGAAAUAAUUGCAGACUGGGAAAAUGAUUCGUCCUUGAUUUAAAUAACAUGAACCCGCCCGGGUCCUGCGAAUGAUCGUUGUUUUAUUUGAUUUUACUCAAUUCAAGUAUCGGAUGAAUUAUGAUUUUUUGAAAUUCCAUGUACAACGAUAUUAAAUCGUGAUAUCGAUUUCGUGUGUUUGAAUAUUAUAAAUAUAUAAAGCUCUGCCAAGUAGCGGAUCCGUGCACAGGACAGUACCAUGGAAAAAGGAAACAUGCCGUCGCUGAAUCGAUAUUUCAAAGACAUGACAAGUUAACGAAAGUUUUACAAAAUAUAUACACACACGUACACACAUGACUUUGGUAUAUAAUUACGUAUACUGUACACUAUGUAAUAAAUAUUUGAAAUUGAUGGGGAAAAUGAAUUGUCCGACUGAUGAAAGUUAAAAUUAAACUCAUACCAGAAACCGUUGAGAAGAGAAUGACGAUGUAAAAUCGUUAUCAAGGUGACGCGUUGAAAGUUGAGAAUUAUUUUUUUCAAUCGAUAUACCCGCAACCUGAAACUAGAUUGAAAUAACAAGAAAGAAAGGAAUAAUCGAAAAGUGGAAGCUCAUUAAUCAAAUGAAACGAAAUCAAUUCAUCUGAUCGCCGUUGUGCUCCACCACCUGCAACAGCCUUUGCUGUUGCAACAAUUUGCCGAUGAUGUUGCGGAACAGAUUAAUUUUUCAUCGCGGUAGAUAAUAAUGAGAUUGAUAAGAUUGAAAAUAGAGGGAGAAAUAUCGGUGAUCGUUUCGUGGUGUGUGAUUUUUUAAAUUAUAACCGACGAAAUGAACAAUAGAAAAGGUAGCCGUUUCAAACAGCUGUUGCAGUCGACGAUCGUUAUCAACGAAUCAAAAUCGCGUGUUUCAAAAUUCAAAUAAUAAACGAGGAGAAGAAAGCAAACAAUCAAUAAAAUCAAAAGCCUAAUUAUGUAACUCUAAACCGAUGUUAAAGAAGAAAAAGAAGAAAAAAAAAAGAUAAAAAUCAACGAAACAACCAACCAACCGACAAAGUCCCAAACUUCUCGAUAUGUAAAACUGGACAUCCCAUCGAAAACCGCAGAAAGGUGAAAUCAAAAAAAAAGAAAAAAAAAAUAGAACCAAAGAGAAAUCAAAUUUCACCCCGAUGAAGGGAUGCGAAAGGCGAUACGACUCGGCGGUGCACUUCGAGUUAACGCGCGAGAAGUUGACUUCGUUAAAUUUUGAUGAGGGUAAAAAAAGCAGCGUAGAAAAGAGCGAAAAUAAGGAGGAACUGUGAGCCCUGAGUCAAGGUGUACUGCGGCAUGCGUGGGAGCAGCUCGGAACUUCUGUUGGAUACCAGUCAGAACCGGGACCCCCAAAAAUACGAGAUUCAACAGCAGGAACUACGGCGUCGCAAACUGUUGGAGCUCGGUUUCGGCGCGUCGCGGCGUCGACCGCCCCGACGUACCUGCCGUCAGCGUUUCAAUUUUUACGCCACGUCCGCCCUUGCUUUGGUGGCCACGUCGGGCGGCGCUGCCCUUCUGUUUCUCGUCCCCCUUUACGUGGACCCGGCGAUAAGCACCCUGGCAGCCGAUUUUUCCCCCCAUCCCGUCACCUGCACAACAUCGAGACGCGAGGAUCUCGCCGGACUGUUCAACUGCUCCUGGAGCUCGUGCCGCGAGGGUUGCACCAGCGACGUCUACAGGUGCACCCACAUAUACGUCACCUACACACCCUGGAGCAACGAAUCGUCGACUGACAACGAAACCACCGCGAAUCCGGACAACAAUUUCACAACGAUCGUUAACUCCUUCUCGACGAACGACAACGAAUCGGUCCUCGAUCGCUACGUUUCCGCCACCCAAAGAUCGUCCGCGACUAUUUCCGCUACUUCCUCUUCGGCGUCGUCCGCAUCGUUGUCGGGUGUCGAAGUGGAGGCGAUACUGAUGGUGAACAUAAAGGGCUGUGGAUAUCCGCCGAUCGUCGAUUGCGACAAUUUUACGAAAGAACUCGGCUACGAGGGAUCGAAAUUUCCAUGUCACUACAGUCGUGUUAACGGGAGUAUAGUGAUGGCGGAUUACAAUAGGGAAGCACAGAUAGCGACGAUUAUGCAUUUUUUCGCCGCACCUUUCGUUGUGACUUUGGCGACCAGUGUAGCCCUUUGUGUUAUGCAUUGUGACUGCAGAUGCGCCGCCCCACCGAGACAAACGCACAGAAACAUGAGGAGACCAAGAUUGGACGAUCUCAGCGAUCAUUCCAUAAGUAAUCGCGUGGAUCGUCGGGGUCACGUGCCGCAUUGCGAAUGUGGCGACGUAACGAGACCGUUAUGACGGCACGAGGAGACGGCGGAGAGCGUUUUGGCCACGUCGCAAUCCGACCUUUGAGAUCGAAAAAGGGGGGGAGAGAAAGUUCGCGAGAAACCACAAAACCAAAAAACGAUCGAGACGAAAGACGGAGAAAAAAAAAAAGAACAAUUUUCAAACGAACGACACGCGAUGCGAAAUUAUCUCUCCAACCGUCUCCGUAACGAUGGAAGAAGAAAAAGAAUCACCUUUCGUUUCUUUCUUACGUUUCGUCGAAGAGAAACAAUUAGAAAAACGAAUAACGAGAACGAAAAAUUAUUUCGAUUAUGUUCAACAACGUUGAUUUAUUUUGUUGCUUCCUUCCAAGGAUCCAUUCUCAUUGGACGACGAUUGAAUUUUUUUUUGAUAAUUCGCAAGAUGUUAUACGAUAAAAUAUAAAAUUCAAAUAAACUGAACGAAGAAAAUAAAAAUAUUUAAAACGUAGCCUGAUACAAACUCUACAUGGUUUCGAACAAUUAGAAAAAAGGAACCAAGAAAAUUGAAGAAUGGUGAAUUCACGGUAAAAGAAUAAAAAGGAAAGAAACGAUGCAUAGGGGUGGGUAGCGGUACGGUUUUCGAGUUGAUAUAUCGUUGAGAAAUCCGAAUCCGUGCAACGGCGUUUCUCAGUCUUUGAAUAAAAUAUUUAUACCCUCGACGAUGUGCGAUAUCGUAUAUUGAUGAGAAUUGAUACCGUACAUAGGGUUGGAGAACCAGGAAACGCGGGAGGAAAUAAGGUGCCGAGUGAAGAAUUUACCCUCGACGAUUUGGAGAGAUGCAAAAAAAAAAAAGAAGAAAAAUCAUAAAAAGAAGAGAAAACUCGGCAUCUAUGGAUAAUGCCAAAGAAAAAGUGUGAAGAUAGAAUGAAAUGGCGUGAAGCGGAAGAUGUGAAAUAAAAAAAACAAAAAAAAAAAUUUUAAAUCAACAAAAUUAAUAUAAAAACUUACAUAUCUUUGCGUUGUUCAAUAAUUUGGGCGGCAUAGGUGGGUUCGUGCGGGGUGAGGGUGAAUUAUUUCUAUAUCCGUAUAUGCGGUAUGCAAAUAUUUUCCAACUCCUCUCGAAUGUCACCAUGUUAUAGAGAAAAAAACGAAAGGAAUCUGAAAAGAACUACAUUGAUUAAUUGAAAACUACUGUGAGACAGUUUUUAAAAUUCUGCAGGUCCAGAUAUAAUAUACAUCAAACAUAUGAAUAAAUAAAUUAUUGUUUAUACAGUGAGCGUCCGUGGAAACUUGUUACUAUUUCGACGGACGCGUUGAUAUAUAAUAUCGUUGCGAAAAGAUCGUAUACAUAAAUGAAAUAAUUGUCAUAUAUUGUAAUAAUAUAACACGUGUUGCGAUGUAUUCAUAUUUUGUCGUUUUUUUUUUUUUUUUUUCAUAGCGCGUAGAAGCAAAAAACCAAAAAUGAAAUCGGAUCACGUUAUAAUAGUGAUAAUCAAUAUCGAUGAUUGAUGUAAAAUCAAAUUGAAAAACGAAAAAACUAAUCGAUCGGAUAACAGAGGUGAGAAACAUAAUGAAAAAUCAAAAAACGAAGUACGACAAAGAAUCAAUAUGUACACUUGGUGUAUACGUACAAUGCCUAAUGAGUAAUUCUUUAAUUGUUCUCGCGAUGCAAAUUUAAUGGGAAUUUAUUUAAAAUCGCGUAGCAGCUUUAUUAUAAUUAACAAUUCGAGAUUACCGUUGAUUUAAUCCAUAACAUGAUUAAUAUGCAAAGUUUAAAAUCACAAAUACUGCAGCGCGAGGAUCAAAAUGAUAUAUUAUUUAUUCAUUUGACUGUUUCUUCACUUUUUUCAGUUUCAAUUAGAUUUGAGAAUGAAGCUUCAUGUCGUAUGUAUACCUGUGUGUACAGGUAUACGUACCUAAACUAACUUAUAAACCCAAAAGGGCCUAUGAAUCUACUCUUUUUAUCGGUCAAUUUAUUUACCUGCCACACGUUUUUACGGCUGUUGGAAUAUUAUAUAUCGAGAAUAAUAGUAAUAUUAAUGAUAAUAAUAACGAUGAAAUGAUUGAUAAUAAUAUGAGAAAUAUGAACAAUGAUUAUAAUAUUAUUAAUCAUUGGGGUAGUAAAUUAAAAAUGGCUGAUUAUAAUUAGAAGAAAAAAAAUUACAUACGUAUAUAAAAAUAGGUAAGUGAAUGCAAUUCAUCGUGUAUGUAUGUUAUACAUGAAUAUUAUAUACCUAUGUGUGUACCACAUAUAUACUAUAGAUAAUGAUGAUAAUACGAUUAACAAAAGGGCCUGGAUAUGUAAUUUUUGUAUCCUAAUAACUAAUAGAAUAAAAAUAUGUAUAAUGUCGAUAACGAAGUUAGAGAGAAGAGGAUAGAAAUAAAAACGAUACGAACAAAAUAAAAUAGAGUUGGAAGUAUAAAAUGUGAAGAAAUAAUCAAUAGGAAAAUCUCUACGAAAUACGCUAUAAAUAAAAUUAUUCGUAUAUUCAUGUAACACGAUGUAUUGAAAAUAAUAUAAUACAUAUGGCAUCCAUUUACCCUGAAUUACAAUAACGAGAAAGAAAAAAAGAAAUAGGUAUAAUAGGUUAUAGAAAAAUACAUAUACAUAAAUACGAAAGAUGUAUAUGAUUGCUAUGUAUGUAUAGAAAUAAAAGUUAUGUGCGUACGUAUUACAUAUGUAAUUAUAAUGAAAUUAAUCUACCUAGUGCACGCGACAAUAUACUUAGGCACAAUUUUGGAGUUGGAGGAGAUAAUGUGGGGGGGGGGGGGGGAGGGAAAAAAACCAAAAACCAAAAACAAAAAGAAGAGUAGAAAAAGAAAAUAAAGGAAAAGAAUUAAAAGAGAGAAAAAUUAGGGUUAUGAAUAAAAAUCUAAAAAAAAAAAAAAACUAGAAUGCGUACAUGUAUACCUGUACAUGUGUACCAUGUACACGGUAUCGCGGUUCGUGACGCAAAGUAUAUAUAACUUACAUGUACGUACAUAAAUGUAGAAUGAAAAAUGCGAGUCAGGAUUAAAAAUAGAAAAAUUAUUUCGACUCGUGUCGGCUAAGUAAGCUGUAUCAAGAUGUCUACGUUCAUGCUACACAUACGACACCGCAUCUGAUCGCUUCACGCACACGAUAAUAUUAUAUACUUUAAUCAAUUUUUCCCGCAAAAAAAUUGUUUAACCCAAUCUCUGAAAGAUAAUGUAUUAUUGCGCUGUGCACUCUACGAUGAAAUAGACAAAAAAGCUCCCCAUAUAUCUUGAAAAACUACAUACGUAACGUCCUCCAUUAUUCUAUAUCGGGGCACCCCAAACUUAUCAUCCUUAUAUAUCUGGGGUCAAUAUGCUUUGUUUUAAAUUUAGUAAAAAUGGCAACACCAGUAAGCACGAGAACCUCUAAUAAUAGCUCGGGUGAGCUUUUUCUCCUAAUACAUCAUGAUCUUCUCCUCCUUUUUUUUCCUCUUUUUCUUUCUUUCAUCGCGCGUGUACACGCGAAAAUUUCCUCAAAAGAAAAAAAGCAGAUACAAAAUCAAAUGAAAUAAUACAAUCCCUAAUCUAAUAAUAAUAAGAAAAUUAGCGAUGAUAAAAACGAUAUCGAUUGGUGCGAAUCAAAUCUAUAUAAAUAAUAUAUAUACACAGUGUAUGGAAAUAUAUGUACAUAAAAGUAUAAAAAAAUCAAUGAAUAAACAAUGUUUUAAAAAAUAUAGAAGAGUGCAUAGGAAAAAAAUUAUACAUAUAUACUAUAUGUGAUUAUAAUAUCAAUGAAACCGAACAAUUAAUACUGCAAUCAUUAUAUAAUCAACAUAGGCACUGCCAUAUAUAGCGCGAAAAAUGAAUCAAAAGCAAAAAAAAAGAGAUGCUUACACAAGGAUCUGAAUUUUCUGUUUUUUUCUUCAAUGUUUCUUUGUGCGAAGUGAUUGAUUAGAUAUUUCAAUUAUUGCAAAGAUUAAAUCAGGGCACAGCCAUGUUGAGUUUGUCGUGUAACUCGAAUUUACCUUUUACUAUAGGUAUAGGUACCAUGUAUAUACCUAUAUACAUAAAAACUGCAGUACUGUGACCAAUACAUAAGAUACUCAAUAAAAAAUAAAAAAAAACCAAAACGAAAAAC